AGAAAACUCACAAACAAAUUAUAAGAAAGAACAAAAAAAAAUCUAUUGAUUUCUUCUUCUAACUUAGUUUUUAAAAAUAUGGAUAAUGAAAUCGCGAAGAAAGUCACGGCGAUGUUUGAUCACCGGAGGUUAAACCGCUCUGGAUCAUCACUCUACACAGCGUUUGCUUCCACGGUUAUAGCUCUGGUCGUUUUCACGAUCGUUCUCGUCUCUAAUUUAUCAGUGAGAGAAGAUUUCUCAGCGAAGGUGGUGACAAUAGAGAUCAAGACAGUUGUUCCUUACUUACCUCUAAGCUCAGAGAAGGAGGUAAGUGAUCAAGGCAACAGUAACUAUUCGAUCAAGCAACAAAUCACAGUCAAGGAGAUUGAUAACAAUCUUCAAGUUAUUGAAGUUUUUGGAGGCAAAGGCGUGUCGGAGAAGUUUCAACAGAGAGCAACAGAGUUUUUGAGAGAUGAUUGUGAGGUCAAGUUCAUGAUGACAUGGAUCUCACCUGCGGAAUUGUUCUGUAAGAGAGAGAUUUUGUCUGUAGAAAGCGUCUUUAAAUCUCAUCCUCGAGGUUGUUUGAUGAUUUUAUCAUCCACAAUGGAUUCUCCUCAAGGGUUUAGUAUCUUGAAACCGUUUCUUGAUGGAGGUUACAGAGUAAUGGCGGUCACACCGGAUUUGUCUUUUCUUCUCAAGGACACAGCCGGAGAAUCAUGGCUUGAAGAGAUUCAGACAGGUAAAAGAGAUCCCGGAAAGAUCUCUCUAGCUCAAAAUCUAUCAAACCUCAUGAGACUCGCUUAUCUGUAUAAAUUCGGAGGUGUUUAUUUAGACACAGACAUGAUUGUUUUAAAGAGCUUUAAAACUCUUAGGAACGUGAUCGGUGCACAGACUCUCGAACCGGUUUCGAGAAACUGGACAAGAUUGAACAAUGCGGUUUUGAUCUUCGACAAGAAUCAUCCAUUCUUGCUCAAAUCCAUUGAAGAAUUCGCGUUGACUUUUAAUGGAAACGUUUGGGGUCAUAACGGACCGUAUCUUGUUUCUCGAGUGGCUCGAGCCGUGGAAGGAACCGAUGGCUAUAACUUUACCAUCAUGACACCUCCUGCGUUUUAUCCAGUGAAUUGGGUUGAGAUUGAGAAGCUAUUCAAGGUUCCAAGAACCGAGAAAGAUUCAAAGAGGGUUCAAGUCAAGGUUCUUGAAAUGCAAAAGAGAAGCUAUGGAUUGCAUUUGUGGAAUAAGUUUAGCAGUAAAUUUGAAAUUGAACAAGGAAGUACCAUGGAGAAACUAAUUUCAGAUCACUGUAUAAUCUGUGAUAGUGUUGUCUCUGUAUCGUGACUUUUAUUCCUUUUUCAUUUUGUAAGUUGAUUUAAUUUCAAUGUAGAAUAGCUUGUAAUUAACAAUGAACCCUGAACUUUUUC